UUAUUUUAAUACCAUUUUAUGAGAUUUUAAAUGCUAAUCAAAAGUAUAUUUCCCAUAUUAAAAAAUUGCAUUCAUUCAUAGGAAGGCCUACUAACAUUUUUGGAGCUUCAUUGCAGUAGUAAAUUUGUAUGUUAGGGACAAUCUGCACAAAAGGCGAACAUGAUUUUAAAAUCUAAAAUUUAUAUGUUGCGCGUAUUAAGACAACCACCAGUUUUUCAAUCGUAACUUGCUAUUUUAAGCCACGUCUUAUACGCGGGUAUAUACGGUACUGUAAAUAAUGUUAUACUUAACAUUAAUUAUUCAAUAAAUCAAUCAAUCAAAUAAUUAAUGUUAUUUUUGUUUGUUGUAACUUGUUUUUGACCUAUGUAGCUUUUUGUGAGGAUAAAUAAAUUCUAAUUCUGAUAUCAGGAACUUUGGACAAUUCUUAAGGCUGUAUGUCAGAAUAUACAAAGUGAAAAUAAGGACAACAGUGAAAGCUUGGACAACCAGUUUGCUGAACAAGAUAUGAAAGCUAUGUCUGUUAUUCUUGAUUCAAUCAAACUAUUUCUAAGGAUGCCACACCUCAAUGAUUUGGGUCUAUCAACAAUCACUUUGCUGCUUAACUUAUUUAUGGCAAGUUUAGAUAGAUGCCUCGCUCACUGUGAAAACAAUACAGAUGCAGAUUGGAAGAAGCAAAUACAAGAUAACCUGGUAGAUGCUGGACAGCUUGUAAAAAAUCUUUUGAAGAGGUUGUCUGAUCAAAAGUCAUAUGAGCAAUUGCUGGAAUUUUUAAAUGACUUGUUCAAGAUUGUUUCCUCACAUGAAGACCUCACUCAAAUAUGGAUUGCCAGCUUGUACUCAUCCUUGCAAGAGAAUAUUCAAUGGAAAAUUCAGAGAGUCUAUGAAGAUGAAAAUUUGGUGAAAUUUUAUUGUGAUACUGACUUCAGUAGAUGCCAUCCAAUGAUUGAGACAGUUUUUUCUGAAGCUGCAUUUGGUGUCAUGGAGGGUAGCACUGGAGAGGACUUUCUUCACAGGGCUUCUCAUAUACAACAGCUACCUUAUAAGGCCGAGAGAUAUGGCAAAAUAUUCUCCCAUCUCCUUGAGAAAUCACUUGCCCAUAAGGAUGCCAUGACACUUCGGUAUCUGUUGCAAUGGAAGCCACUUGCUGCUUUUUUCAAAAUGUUAGAAUAUGUGAUUUGA